AACACUGACACAGCUUGUUCACAACAUUGCCGUCUCUAAUGCAGGAAGAGCCAGAACAUCUGAGGUGGCUACAGCUACAAGCUAUUGUUAGCUACAUUACACAUGCUGUUCUUUUUACAGUUUAAACCACAUUAACUGGGGACUACACAGAAAAAGUGAAAGACAGGAAGUAUGGUACCUAAACUUGAAUCACAAUUAACUUCAGCCAAUCAGGACGAUUUCCACUUUGUAGACUUUGAUGAACUUGUGACUAAACCUUCAUUUAGGUAGGAAGGCAUCGGAUGUGAAGGGUGUUUUACCACAAUGAUCCUAAGACUGUCUGCUUUGAUUCUUCUUAGUACAGUGUCUCUGAUUCAAACUGCAGAGGUUCCUCACCAGAUCCCUUUGACUGUGGUUAAAGUUGGUGGUAAUGUUACUUUGCAAUGUCCAGUUUCUGAGAAGGAAGGCAAAUUCUUUCACUGGUAUAAGCAGUCUCUUGGAUAUAUGGUCCAAACAGUUGCUGUAGGAACUUAUACCCAACAAACACUUAGUACACAAUUUAACAACCCACGUUUCAUAGUCACAGGGGGGCAGACUCAGUAUUUACUUACCAUUAGAAAUGUCAGCAAAGAGGACGAAGCAACAUACUUCUGUCAAAAUGGAACAGCGUAUUCACAGAGUUUUGUUAAUGGCAUCUUCUUGGCUGUGAACGAUCGUAACCAGCAGAAAUCUGUCAACGUGAAACAAAGUCCAGAAACAGCAUCAGUCCAGCCGGGCGGCUCGGUGACUCUCCAGUGUUCACUUCUCUCCAAGAACAAAGAAGACCAGUGUCCAGGUGAACACAGUGUGUACUGGUUCAGAGCUGGAUCAGGAGAAUCCCAUCCAGGUGUUAUUUACACUCACAGGAACAGCAGUGAUGAACAAGAGCAAAGGAGCUGUGUCUACAGUCUGUCCAAAACUAUACAGAACUCCUCUGAUACUGGGACUUACUACUGUGCUGUGGUCACAUGUGGAGAGAUCCUGUUUGGUGAAGGAACCAAAGUGGAGACAAGACCCGAACUGGACUCUGUUGUCAUUGUGCUUGGGGUACUGUUGACCUGCUGUGUGAUUGGGAUUGUCGUCCUUAUUUUCUACAUAAAUCGAAGGAGAGUUUAUGAACACUGCAAUGGAGCAAAGACUGCCUCCCAUAAUUCUGGACAUGACAAAUCGACAAUGGAACAAUCAGCUGUGCUGGAUGGUGACGCAGAGGCAGUAAACUAUGCAGCACUGAAUUUCUCGACAAGAAAAGUGAAAAGAGUGAAGAAAAAGAAAGAAUCACCAGAAGAGUGUGUGUACUCUGCUGUGGGAGCAGACUACCACACACAGCACCACCCCUCUGUGUAGGCAGAGCAGCGCCUGCAUGUGAAUCGGACCCCAAGUCUCCUCAUAGGGCUUUUAACCACCUUGAUGCAUUAUCCAGCCUACCCAAUCGUGUAUAUAUAUAUAUAUAUAUAUAUAUAUACACAUUGGUUUUACAUAAAUGCUUCCUGUAAGUUCAUCUUGUGACAAAUGUCAGCCCACAAGAACGUGACUGGUUGGCAGGCAUAAGUGGGGAACUGAGAAAAGGAGGAAAAGCUUAAAUUGAAUUUAAACUAUUUGCAUAUCAGUAGCUCAGGGCAGAAUAUUUGGGUUAGUCAUAUUCAUUGAAAAGGAUGUUGCAUCCAAGCUGGACUACACCCAUCUUAUUGCUGAGUUUGCUGCUCAUAAAGUGACUUUCAUGUGAUUCUUUUUAUUACUGUGCAUUGCACUUCGAACAGCAUUUGUAUACAUGUUGGCAUACAACUUGAACUUGAACCAGAGUAGCCAUGUGUGUUGUGCUGUGGCUCGUGUGUGUGCAUGUCUGUGAUCAGGGCCUAGCACACACCCUGCAACUACUCGGUUGCGGUGUGCUCACACUUUUUUCCAACUGCCAUCCCAUAAUUUGCACAGAAAGGGAUAUGAAAAGGCCACAAAUCAUUCAGAAUGUGUCCACUUAAUAAAUAUCACCCAGUAGCUUUUGAGGCAGAACAGAGAGCUUCCAAACACAGAGACAGGGUCAUUUUUUCCUGACAAGUCAGCUUGUCAAUGAUAAAAGGUGAGGCUGGUUUUUAAGUUUCCCCACAUCAUCAACAGACUCUGUUGACUAAAAGUCUAAUGAUGAAAUUAUCAUCGUAAACUCAUAUUAUACCGAAAACAGAGUUCCUAGAGGGGGCUAAAUUAAUCAAUAUAGGAGUAAGAGGAAAGCUGAUCCUAAUUUUUAGUGCUCCAGGCAGCUUAUCUUUCAGAUGAAAAUGCUGUGUGUCAAAACAGCCACAGUCCUCUAGUCCCGAGUCAGAAGUAUCAAAGAAAACCUUUGUGUUGUCAGAUUAUGACUAAUACCAGCUAGUCAGCUGGUUUGUUAAUGUGUUGUAGGUCAACGUAUCACUGCAGUAUAGCAUAGUGAUGUUUAGAAUGUAUUUUUGUAUGCAAACAAUAACUGUGAUUGGUAAUGUUGUUUUGUUGACAAAAAUAGCUGUUUAUAUUGUUUUCUCAAUUUGGUCACAGCACAGAGUUCGCUCAUGUGUAAUUCUGCUUUUUAGCACUACUCUGCAUUUUAACAACUGACAGCUGCUGUCUGUCAUCCUUUGGGGGUUGAGGUGUUUGUAUGUGAUCUGUGUCAUCCGCAUACGCAGUGCAUCCGGAAAGUAUUCACAGCGCUUCACUUUUUGCACAUUUUGUUAUGUUACAGCCUUAUUCCAAAACAGAUGAAAUUCAUUAUUUUCCUCAAAAUUCUACAAACAAUACCCCAUAAUGACAAUGUGAAAGAAGUUUGUUUGAAAUCUUUGCAAAAUAAUUAAAAAUGAAAAACGA